GUGAAGUGACAUGCUCUGGAUUUAGGAAACUAAAGGGUGCAGCACUUUGAAAGAUCUUUGGACUUUUUAAAAAUCUUUUCGCUGCCUUGUCGAGGACGACACAACAACAAACUGUUGUUAGAUCAAUAAAUCAAUUUCGCUGGGGCGGUAUCUGUGACUAAGGUCUGUCUACUUUUUUUUUUCAGAUCAUGCCACGUUUGCCUGUGAUGGGCUGAGCAACUCAUCCUCCUCCUCCUCCUCCUCCUCUGUAUACUCACAGCUGCUGUCAGAGCGCUCAGACCGAAAAGUUACAGAAGUUGUCUUUCUUGUUUGCUAGAUUUUUAUAUUUCCAAAUCGUCUGAGGCAUCGCCUGCUUUAGCCCUCGCCGUGCUGUCGGCCGGCCCGCCCCAGCAUGCUGGACUGACGUCUGAGGAAUGGCAUCGGCUGUGUUUGAAGGCACGUCGCUGGUCAACAUGUUUGUCCGAGACUGUUGGGUCAACGGGAUCCGGAGACUGAUCAUCAGCCAGCGGGGAGAGGAAGAGGAGUUCUUCGAGAUAAGGACAGAGUGGUCUGACAGGAACAUUUUAUACUUGCAUCGGAGUUAUUCCGAUCUGGGGCGGCUGUUUAAAAGACUGGUGGAGUCCUUUCCUGAGGACAGAAGAGACCUCUCCAAGUGUCCACUGAUAGAAGGGCUGGUGAAAAUCAAAGAGUCCAACGACAUUGAGGAGAAAUUGAACGAGGUGGAAAGACUGCUAAAGAAUGCCAUCAACAUGCCGUGCAAGUAUUCCAGGUCAGAGGUGAUGUUGACUUUCUUUGAGCGAUCACCGUUGGACCAGGUGCUGAGGAAUGACAAAGUCCACAGAAUCCAGCCAUGCUUUCAGAGUCCAAUCAAGAUAUCAGAAAUCAUGCGCUCCAAUGGAUUCUGUCUGGCUAAUACAGAAACCAUUGUGUUCGAUCACAGUCUCCCCGAAGAAAAAGAGAGACCCUCAUCCACCGACUCAGUGGAACAUACGUAUGAGGACGGAAUGGAGUUUUUGCCAAUGGAAGCAGACGUGUGUGACGAGGAAACAGAAGCGUACGUCACAAACCUUUCCUACUACCAUCUGGUCCCAUUUGAAACUGACAUCCUGGAAUGAACAACCUGUUGAUGGACAUCUGACGCUUUCAUUGAGGAAUAUGUACUCUUAAAUGGACCCUAGCUAUGCAACGCUGCACGUAGCUGCUCCAAGUAAAUGCUGCUUAUUCUAGCAAACUCUAGAGUUGCUUGGAGCCCAUUUUGGAGUCGGGCAGAUGUGCAGUACGCACCAUAAAUAUCACCACUUUGUCUUUGCCACUUUAAGCAACGUCACCAGUGUGCCUCAUUCAGAGCCUUACUUGAGUGUGUAAAGAAGUAACAUGACAGGAUUUGUCUUUACGCUAGCUACAGUCGGUGUUGUUACACAACCUGUGGCAGCAACCACGGAGGUCCUUCUGUCCUGAGGCAAACAGCUGGAGAGGUUUCAAAACAUGCAGCUUGACCACUUCAGAAGGAUUCAUCCAACACAUCAUUGUCUGUGGAAUGGAGUGUGAGUGAAAACAGAGGCCACACGGCAACCUAAAUUUGACACAAAUGUACAGCAUGGGACCUUUCACUGUUACUUUAAAACGCAGCUGAAUCGACCGGCACUCUUUCUUUUUCUAUCUCAGAUGUUUCAUCUUUCGCGUUUAUUCUCCAUAUCGGCUUAGUUUGCCAGGAAAUAUGUGAGGCAUCUGCAAAGUCUUCUCAUUUAAAGCGCUCCCUGAAGUUUUUCUCCUGUGGGAGUACAGGAAGCUGUGGCAAAGCUUUGUGUAUGGUAUUUGUUUAAGGUGCAAUUUUCACCAGCAUGUAGGAACUUUUUUUGUUUGUUUGUAAAAUACCAGCUUGAAACUCAUGGGAUGAUUCCUGUUUUGAUGCUGUGAUAUAUGCAGUCUGUUCCGAGAUCCAAGUGAAACUGGACUGCACAGAUACACAUUUCUACCAAUAAAGAUACAAAGAAUAGAGGCACAUUUUGUCUAAAGGCUGCCUGUUUAUAGAAUAAUGAAGCUAUACUGCAUGUGUCUGUUUCACUUGGUUCUUGGGCUACUGUCAAAAGAAUAAAAAAAGAAACAUUAAGUGUCAUUAUCCUUUUGUUACAACUUUCCAAAGUGAGAACUUAAAGCUGCCUUUGUGGACGUCUGUGAGGAUUUUUUUAAUGAAUUUUUGGUCUGAAUAAUAAAUUAGAAUGUAAUAUGUGUUUGUAAUGUGUCUGUAACGUUGCUAAUUUUAUGCUUGUGUGAACAAACAAUUAGAUAUAUCAGAGCGGAGAAAGAGUGUUGCCGUUAUGUGGACAACUGAAUCCUCUCACUGCUGUUGUUGCCAUGCGAUGAGUAAAACGAAUAGGGCAAAGAAAGCUUUGUUUUAUGGGUCAAUUGAGAUCAAAUGUGAGCCGUUCUGUAAGAUGACGUGUGUGGGUUCAGUCAGACAGCUGACUGAAUGUGGGAGUCUGCAGCUCGGGCCUGCGAUAGGGGAACAAGUCCUCUUUAUCUUAAGAAGACAAACGACCAUGCUGUACUAAAGAACGGUAGAAAAGGUUGUCUGAAAUAAUCAAACACUCGAUUAAAAUUCAUGCCUUUUGUAUGUUUUAUGGCUUACUUUCACUUCUUGUAGCACCUUUAAUGCAACUGUUUAACUCAGUGGAGCAAUGCAGUUGUUUUGAAUGCAAGUGAAAAGGCAAAAGAGUGUAUAUUUGUGUAGGGCUAACUGUAAGGAAGUCCAUCUGUAUUCAUUGUUUUGACGGUUUCGUCAGUGCAGAAGUCAUUGUGGCCUUGCAAUGUGAGCUAACAGCUUGUGUCCACUUUCCUGCCACUCCAAAUACAAAAGGCUUUCAACCCUCACAAACUUGGCACGCAGGGCUUUAACAGGACGGUCCUCCACAUGGGUCUAUUUGGUAACACAGUCAUGAUCACCAUUCACCCCAUGAGAAAGUACAACUCUUUCUCACAGUGUGAAACUAUUUCAUGCUUCUUUUUUGUUUUUCUCUUUUCUCCAAGGAUGACAUUUCGAGUUAGUGGCUAUAAAAAGUUUCUGUUGGAAAAGUCCCAGCAUACAUAAUGGUGAUGAUUAAUAUGGUUCAGUAAAAAAAGAAACUAGAAUCUCUGGUUUAAGUUUUCACACCAAUUGUAUGAACGAUGUUUAUUAAAGGCUAUGAAUUGAGUUCAAACAUUCAAACAUUCAAACAUGUGGCUGGUGUAAUGCAUUAUUCAUAUUCUGCCACAGUCUAUGUGAUGCUAUGACUAAAAUGGUACUCAGCUGAUUUAUGAAACAUAUCAAUAUAGCCAGCCUGGGAUGUGAGGAUUCAGUGGGGGGGCAGUGUGACAUAAUAUGAAACUAAUAUUACACUUUGUUUAUGAAAUAACUCCCGCCACACUCUGUGAAGCUAACCAUGCUAUGCCUUGUAAUUUCAUAUUGUAUGUCAUCAUGUGUGAUGUGAGAUAUUUUUGUGUGUAAAAGGAUAGAAUGAAGAUAAUCUUAAUUGUAAUCUUUGAAAAUGAAGUUCAUGUGGAAACACGUUUAAUAACUGUAAAGCUAUUCAGACAGUAUUAGAUAGAAAUUAUUAUUCUCAAAGCUUCUCAAAAAAAUAUGUUUCCAAUAAAAUAAAUGUUCAAUUGA